GUGUAUGUAAUAAAUAUAUGUGACAGUGAACACGGUGUCUCAAUUCAUGUUCAUGGCGUUCUCUUUAACUCUCUACAACAUCUCUUUCCCUCGUCUUUCUCACACCCCACAAGCUUUGAGAAAAAAACAUGUUCAUUUCCCAUUGAUUCGUGCAGUACAAGGUGGUGAAGAACCAGACACUCCACAAACUAAGAGUGAAGGCUCCCCUAAUGCUCAGUCUGCAAGUGCUGCUCCUAAGACUCCAAAGAAACCUGUCUAUUCCAUGAAGAAAGGUCAGAUUGUGAGGGUGGACAAGGAGAAAUAUCUCAAUAGCAUUAAUUAUCUUUCUGUUGGGCACCCACCUUAUUAUAAAGGAUUAGAUUACAUCUAUGAAGACCGUGGUGAGGUCCUGGAUAUGCGUAUAUUUGAUACAGGAGAGCAUGCACUGGUUGCCUGGGUAGGGGUCCCCACUGCUCCAGCUUGGCUUCCUACAUACAUGCUUAUCAAGUCAGAGAAGCUCAAUUAUGAGAGGCUAUGACAUCCAGUUGGGGCAGAGAACUAUGCUAAAUAGAUAAAUAAUACAUUAUUUUUUUCUGAUGUCUGUAUGAGAGUAUGAUUCAAAGCUUGGUUUGAAACACCAUCUCAGACUCUACCCCAUUUUUAGUCUAGCUGCGUGUGAUCACUUCAAAUGGCUCAUGUCAAUGAUUUGGGACAAUCAUUACUGCCACCCAGCAUAAGUUUUUCGGUGAUGACUAUCAUUGUAUUUGUGCUUCACUAUUUUUAAUAAAUAUAAGGUCAAAACUCUGAUACACUGCAAGAGAAAUUAUCAACAAAUUGAUG